UGCGUUCUCUGCAUUACGAGAGUAUUGCAAAGAAAUUAUCUUGACGCAACAACAAUGCUGACACGUCGGUUACUGUGCAGAAAGCAAUUGUGGUAUACCUCAUACGUCUGCACGCCUGUCCGUCACACGCAAAACCAGCGUGUCAGCCAACAUGCCCUGGACACGCUUAACCUCGAAAUUCGGCUGCCGGCCUCCCUAAAAAAGCAGCCGCAACGCAAGCCGUUCGCCAAGAAUCUGUUUCUCGCCACGUUCGAUCAUGAGUUCAUGUACUAUCCCGAGCCGCAAACCAAGGAUAGGCAUCAACGUUUCUUCGAAUGGCUCCAGCCCAUCGAGAAGUACAUGUCGGAGUGUAUGAAGAAUGUGCAAAGUGUGCGGAAGGAAGAUAUUCUGACUCAUCUAAAAGAAUUAGGUGUGUUUCGGGCGUGUAUGGACGAGCAAUAUCUUGGCCUGAACUUGAAUCACUCAGAGUCGGCCAAGCUGGUGGAGGUACUCAGCUGCUUACCAUGGUUGGGAUGUUACAUGGUCAAAAAUUGCAUCGUACCCGUUCAAAUCAUCUCUGCGCUGGCCUCAGAAGAGCAGAAAGCCAAGUAUCUGCCAAGGAUAGCGACUGGAGAGCUUAUUCCUACUGUGUGCUUCACUGAGCCUGGAAGCGGAAUAAAUAUAAAUAAUAUUGCCAGUAUAGCUGUAGAUUCAGAAAUUGACACACAUUGGUUAUUAAAUGGCGAAAAGACAUUUGUAGUCAACGGGCAUGAUGCUAAUCUAUUUCUCGUCUUCUGUCACUAUGGUCAUCGCCGUAAGGUCGGUGAUACUGAGAGUUCUCUAUCUAUACUUCUGGUGGAACGUGAUUUCGGAGGUGUCAUAAUCAAGGAUGUUAAGAAUCUAGUUGGACUUAAAAGCAGUCCAGUCAGUACAGUUAUUUUUAAAGAUACUAAAGUUCCAAAGGAAAAUCUUCUGGGUGAUCUGAAAGCUGGAACAAAUAUACUGAUAGACAUACUUGCUCCUGGAAACAGAAAUCUUGCUUCACAAGCAGUAGGUACAUUGAAAACGUUUACAAAAAUGUUGACGAGACAUGUAUUACAGAGGAAACAUUUAGAUAAAGAUAUGCACGAGUAUGAAAGCGUUCAAGAGAUAAUAGGUAAGAUAGCAAGUACUCUGUAUGGUAUGGAGAGUAUGUUAUAUUAUACCACUGGCAUAAUGGACACAUUUGAGAAUCAGGAUUGCACGCUCGAGAAAGCUAUGGUGGAGAUGUAUUGUACUAGCGAAUGCGUUGCAUGUAUUUAUGAGGGUCUACAACUUAUUGGAGCGCAGAGUUACCUGAGGGAGAGUCCUUACCUACAGAUCUUCGAAGAUGCAUUGUCGUAUACCCUAUUCGAUGGAUGUAAUAUUGAUUCGAAUACAUAUAUAGCUCUACUUGGUCUACAACACACGGGCAAAAAUCUACAUGAUCACAUAUUUAAGUUACGAAAUCCCUAUAUUUUUCCAAAAUAUUUAUUAAAGUGGACCAUGGGUAAGGAAUAUCGAGUACAACUUAAACUUGCUGAUCAUUUGCAUCCAUCCUUAAUGCUAGGCAGCAUACAACUGGAAAAGUGUAUCACCAGGUUGCAGACCGUCUCAGUACUAUUGUUAGAACGCCAUGGCACAGAUAUAACUGAACGACAAAUGGAAUUGCGUCGAGUUGGUGAAAUAGCAACAAGAACAUUCGCGCUGAUUGCUAUCCUUUCACGAACGUCUAGGUCAUAUUGCAUUGGCCUGAGAAACAACGAUUAUGAUCGAAACCUGGCCGAUAGUUUUGCAGUUUUCUCCAUAGACAGGGUACAAGUUCUUGCAGAUGAAAUUCAAUCAGCAGCAUGGAACAAUGGUGAUAAGUUUAAAAAAGAUGUUGCCGAACUUAUGUACAGUAAAAAAGAUUAUUUCGCCGAACAUCCAUUAAAUAGAACGUACUAAACAUUUGAUAGAUUCAAUUUAUACAACACCAUAUACGCACACACAUACGGGCGCGCGCGUGCACACAUG